GGAUGUUGGUAAUUCUAGGUUAUGUAGAAAUUUAGCGAAUGAAAGAUCUUGGGUCCUGAUAUAAAAGGUUUAAUAAAUAAAAUCAAUUAUUUAUAAUCUAUUAUAUCAUGAGCACUACAUAUUUCUAGGAUUUAUAAAUUUUUCUAUUAGUGCGGUGUGUUUCUCUUCAGUUAGUGUAUGAAAUAAAAUCUUAAAUAGAUCACGAUGAAUAUUCGUGUGGGUCAGCGUGUCGAGGUGAUUGGCAAAGAGGUUCUUGGAAAUGUCGCCUAUGUGGGAUCAACUAUGUUUGCCGCUGGAAAAUGGGUGGGGGUCAUACUCGAUGAGCCCAAAGGAAAAAACAAUGGUUCUGUCGAUGGAAAACCAUACUUCCAGUGCGCAGACAAGCACGGAGUGUUUGUGAGGCAGAACCAGUUGAUAAUGAUAGACGAUGCUGGGAAUAGGAUCGACUUUGCCAGUCCGUCACCAGGCGGAUCAAGUGCCACUUCCCCUGACGACACGCCGCGAACUUCACUCAAGUCGAGGCUUGGAAGUACCAGGAAAAAGGUUGAAGUAGCUUCAGCUCGGAGGAAGUCGUCACCUGCCUCUUCUCUGCCACCGUCAAGGGCAAGCUCUCGCCAGUCCCUGACUGGAGGCAGGAGAGGGGAAUCCAGAAGUCGAGAGGACAUCAGCGCCUCUCAGAUUCCUCACGCCACUCCAACCAACACGCAUGCCUCAGAACCCGCCUCAAAAAGAGCUAGCUUCAUCGAGUCCAAGACGCCCGUCUCAAGGAUACCCUCCAAAACCCCCUCCGCCAUCCUCGGAAAGAGUAGAUACCAGCAAACCCCUGCCAAACCAGACAGAGCACAAGUCAAACAAACAGGCUUCGUGGAGACGCUGAAACCGCAGUUCACACCGGGUCAGGUGAUCUCACCAGGCGGCCCCACGCAACCCACCCUCGUGCAAACGACCAACUUUGCACCGGCCAACGUGGUGCGGCCCCCGCCCGCACCCUCUGUCGAUCAUGCCGAGCUCGAGGCGCUCAAGGCCCAGGUCCAGGAUCUCACCGAGAAGCUCGACACCCUCAAGAUUAAGAACAAGGAGAAAGUGCACGAGGUAGACACAUUGAAAAUCCAGCUUGAUCAGGCCAAUGAGUUCAAAACUAAAAUCAUGGAGAACCAAGCGUCUCUGAAGAAGGAGCUGGAGAAGGUGAAACGCGAAUAUCAGGAACUGAUCGACUCGAAAGAUGAUAUGGCGGAUCUGGCUGAUACCCUCGAAAUGGCAACACUGGAUAAGGAAAUGGCCGAGGAAAAGGUGGAUACUCUGCAGCUGGAGUUGGAGAGCGCUAAGGAAAAGAUAGAAGAGUUGAGUCUGGAUUUGGAACUGCUAAAGGAAGAGUUGUCGGACAAAGGUAACGGAGAGGCGUGUGUCUCUUCCUAUCAAACAAAACAGCUGGAACAACAAAACAAUCGACUGAGAGAGACUCUAGUCAGGAUGCGUGAUCUAUCAGCGCAUGAAAAACACGAGACUCAAAAACUUCAGAGAGAUUUGGAAACCAAAAGAACUGAAAUUGCCGACUUGACAAAAGCUAAUGAAAAACUCCAAGCUAGAGUAACCGACAUGGAAAGUCAGGUUGCUGAUCUACAUGAACAGGUGGACGCAGCCUUGGGUGCUGAGGAAAUGGUGGAACAGCUUGGUCAGCAGAAACUGAGCUUGGAAGAACGCGUGAAGGAGUUGGAGGAGGCGGUCAAUGACCUGGAAGCCAUCCAGGAGUUGAACGAUCAGCUGCAGGAGGAUAGCAAGGAACUCGAAUCUGAGUUGAGAGAAGAGGUCGAUUUGGCCAAUGCCGCCACUCGUGAGGCAUUGAAACAGAAGGAGGCAGUUCUGGAGAGUCUAGCUGACAGGGAGCUGACCAUUCUGAAGUUCAGGGAGCUGGUUCACAAGCUGCAAGACCAGUGCAUUGAUCUGCGAGCCCAGCUCGAGCGUGAGUCAUCGUCCAAGGCCACCAUUGCCGCUGCUAUCCCCGAGAUUCAAGACUUCAAGAAAAUGUUUGCUGAAACGAAAGCUCAUGCCCGUGCCAUUGACCUGGAACUGCGACGUAUCGAGGUGCUCCAAUCGCAGCAGCAUAUCAAAUAUCUGGCAGCUUACAUGCCUGACUCAUUCAUGAAUAGAGGAGGUGACAACGACGCUCUGCUGGUGCUGCUACUGAUUCCGCGCCUGGUGUGGAAGUCGGACGUGCUGAUCUCGCAGGCCAAGGACAAGUUCCCCGCCGUCGAGCUGGUCGACAAGAAGAGUCUCACCAAGGGUCACUCGGUCGAGCAAUUCGCCUCGAGAGCGCGGCUCGCCAUGCAUCUGCACAACCUACAGGGCAUCCUUCGGCAGUUCAUAUUUGGCCUGAACACAUGCAGCCCAGAAACCCUCCUGAAAGUGGGUGGGGCUCUGCCAGACAUGAUGCAACAGGAGAAGGUUGUCGACAGCUAUAUCGAGAUGAUGAAGCGGGAUCAGGUCAGAACUAAACUCCUCAAUUCCCAACAUAUAUUCAGUUACGAGAGCUUAAAUAACUCAUAA